GCCUAAAAUAACACCUCGUUAUUCCCUUCCUGAAAUCAUUCGCAGUGCUUUCUUCCAGAGAUGUGACAUGCUCUCCAGCCCCUUAACUUUUCCAUCUCUCUCUCUCCCUCCCACCCCCCCUCUCUCUCUCUCUCUCCCCAACUCUCCCUCUCUCUCUCUCUCUCUGCCUAAUAAUUCGUGUUUCGCUGGUCUGUCUCAAUCCUCCCCCCUAUUUUUCUCUGCCGUUGUUAUUUUCAAUGUUUGUGCAGUGCUGCAGCAGCUGUCAGAGAAGGGAACGCAGAGAGAGCAGAAACCUACAGCAGGGAGAGAGGAGCCGUCCAGAAUGUAAUGUGAUUUCUUGAUUUUCGCUUCCCCUCUGCCACCGACCUGCGGUGCUCCGACACCAUGGACUGCUUGCUGUUUGCCAUCCUUCUGUUGCCUCUGGCUAAUGGCUUCCACCCAGAGUGUAUGAUUAAACGGGAAAUGGAACGUUGCCUGAACAAGUUGAGCGAAGACGAUGAAACUGCGUUUGAUUGUCCUGGGAUGUGGGACAAUAUAACGUGCUGGCCAAACGCGGAUUAUGGGGAUGUGAUCUCUGUCAGCUGUCCGGGAUUCUUCCGAAUCAUUAACUCCGAUGACGUCCUAGGGAUCAUUUACCGAAACUGCACCAGUGAAGGCUGGUCAGAAACCUUCCCCCACUACUACGAUGCCUGUGGAGUUGAUGAAAAUAUCACGGAAAUCGAUGACCAGGAUCUGUACUAUGUGUCUGUGAAGGCUCUCUACACCGUGGGUUACAGCACCUCCCUGGUUUCUCUCGCAAUUGCAAUGAUUAUACUCUGUCGCUUUCGGAAACUGCACUGCACCCGCAACUACAUCCACAUGAACCUGUUUGUCUCCUUCAUCCUCCGGGCGAUAUCGGUCUUCAUCAAAGAUGCGAUCCUGUACUCCGAGGAUGAGGUCACCCACUGCUCCAUCACCACGAUGUACGGGGUGAUGGGGGAGAAUGAACACAGGAGCCGAAAUGAGGCCAUUCGGCCCAUCGAGUCUGCUCUGCCAUUCAAUCCUGGUUGCUGCUGGGAAACAAAUGAACACCGAGCCCUGUGGUGGGUGAUUAAAGGCCCAGUCAUCGCCUCCAUCAUGGUAAAUUUUGUGCUGUUCAUUGGAAUCAUAUUUAUUCUCGUGCAGAAGCUGCAAUCCCCAGACAUCGGAGGGAACGAGUCCAGCAUUUACUUCUGUGUGCAGAAAUGCUACUGUAAGCCCCAGAGAGUUAACCAGCAUGUGUGCAAGAUGUCAGAACUAUCUACCAUUACCCUGAGACUGGCUCGAUCAACACUUCUCUUGAUUCCGCUGUUUGGGAUUCACUACACGGUGUUUGCUUUUUACCCAGAGGAUGUGAACACCAGGGAACGGCUGGUGUUCGAGCUGGGAUUAGGAUCCUUCCAGGGGUUUGUUGUAGCCGUUCUGUAUUGUUUCUUGAAUGGGGAGGUGCAGUCGGAGAUCAAGAGGAAAUGGAGGAGCUGGAAGGUGAACAGGUACUUUGCUGUUGACCUCAAGCAUCGUCACCCAUCCCUGGCCAGCAGUGGGGCCAAUGGUGGGACCCAACUGUCCGUGCUUAGCAAGAGCAGCUCACAAAUCCGGAUGUCCAGUGUCAACGCUGAGAAUUUAGCCACAUGAGCCGCCCUUUAGCUCCACGUGGCAACUCCCCUGCCCAUCACCAACCCCCUCGAAUCCUCUCCCACCCUCCCUCAUCGGCAUCAGAACCUGCGAAAGAAUUCCGUCUCCCAAUGUAUGGACGGGGCGGCCCCUUUAAAAAUGUCUUGUCGGUGAAAGGUGUCACGUUUACUGGUCGUCUUUUCGUCUACGAGAUCCACCCCCCCAUCCCAACCACCACCAUCGUUACUCCCCCAUUCUUCGCCCCUCCACACGGAAUAAAACAGAGGCACUUUGCCCCUUCUCUGAAGACUGCUGUUGGACAUUACGGACUGGGUUGGGAAGGGCCGUCUACUUUGGUACCGCCGCGGCAGACGGUCCCCAGUCUCCACGAGCUAUCACCAACCCCACCGCACGGUGCCCCCUGGUGGAGAACACUCCUCGGCGCGGACCGUGGGGCUUUGACUCGUUUCUCUCCGGGCCUGAGGAGCGGCUCUCCGACUGGUGUGUCCCGUCUGCCUGGGGUCCAGGCCGCUCGCCCCUCCACGUGCUGCUUUUAGCUCUUUGUGCUAUUGAAGUCGUAGAAGAGUGAGGCUGGCUUGUCUUUAUUUUGCUGCUUCUGGCCUCCAAACACAAGGGCGGCCUCCUGAGGAUGAUCCUCACCUCGUACAGUGACUCGUAACCUCGCAUAGUGAUACCCAACCUCAUAGAGCGGACACAUAACCUCAUCGAGUGACCCUAUAGAGAUCUCCCAGCCAUUGAUGGAUGGGGGACACAUAGCCCUAUACAAUCGCAUCUGGCAUUGAUGGUCACAUGUAGCAUUAUACAAGGAUAUAUGGCCUUAUACGUUGGCAUUGUCCUUUAUGGCAAGACCUACAAGGGAAGAUAUUUAAUGAUGUUUACCCCUUUAGCAUGACACCUCACCCUAUGUGUGACAUAUGGUGACACAUAGCCCUACGUGGUGUGAUACGUCGGGCCAGAUUUUAAUGACCUGUAUUGGGAAGUGGCUUGAGUCAGUCAGACCGGCCUCGCUUUUAAACAUCGACUCGCACACGAAUUUUGUUCUGGGGUCAUGUGGCAGGAGAUGGUCCACGCCCCUCUUCCUCCCCAUCACCCCAGAAUCCGGUCCGAGGUACCUUCAGAGAGUUGGUGACCUGGCCUAGUUAGAAGGCUCACCUUGGUUCCUCAGGGAACUUUGUCCCAUCUGUAACACAUGCAGGCAAGGUUCCUUGACCCUCGCCCCCUCACCACCUUCCACCGCCAACUCAACGCUCCCUCAUCCACUCCCCACUCUCUGUGCCAAAUCAAUGCCAGCUCCUGCCCAUCCACCCAGCAGGAAGCAUGGUCCUACACAGUGACGUGCUGAGAGAGGAAUUAAAAACACAUUCCAUCACAAAUCAUUUGUUAAGGAAGAAAAUGUCCGUUGUCAAGUCCAAAACUCUGUCCAUUCGCAUGUGAAAACAGGCACGCCCAGUACCCCUGCUCGUAUUGCCAGGGUCAGAAGUCAAAUGACACCAGGUUCAAUAGGUUCAUUUGCCAGUGACAUCGCUCCAUCCCAUUUGAUCACAUGUAUUGUGCUCAAUCGAGCGCCACCAUGUUUUUUACUGGCAGAACGUUGACAAAGGGUGCAUGCACUGAAUUUUCCGGGAGCUUUCGGGGAUGCCCAGGGACAUGAAGAAAAGAAAUCUGCUUUUCCUCCAGCUUAUAUCCUGCCUUAUCAAGCAUGGGGUGAGAGCCCAAACCAUUCAAGGUAUUGACCCAGCAACAAAUCUGUUCCGGCAAAUACUAUGCCUUGGUGACUUUGCUUGAUUGUCGUCUUCAAGCGAUCAUAGUAAGUUGUUCUUUCUGUGGUCUCUUUUGUCAAUGUCUCACAGUUUAUUGGUUCUGAAUUAAGACCAGUGAAAUGUUUAAAGCCUCCCUUAUUGAUAUUCUAAUGGUCUAUCUGAUUAACCUUUGUGCAGGAUCGUAGGAUCAGCAGGUGUGUUUUCACAAAGUAUGUUUCGGAUUUUUCUUUCUCUCUCAGCUGUUCAAUUCUCUCAAUGUUGUUAUUUUCUGGUUCAUUUGUCAAGGACAGUGUGGAUACUGGGUGGAUAAGCAUGUACAAGUGACUGAGUUGAUGUGAUGCGUAUAAAUAGUUGUGGGGUGGAACUGUGGGGAAGGGGGUGCUCGAACCUUUCCAAAUCCCCCUCGACGGGUGGUUCACGACUCCUCUGGGUGGGAUGAGGGUAAUGAACCACAAAGUCAGAACCGAGCCCGAUUCUGUCAAAGGGGAGGUGGGGAUGAGAGUUUGCCAAAAGAUGCCUACCUCAGCAACAUACAAGGGCACAGCCUCACUCUCUACUCCCAAGGGAUUUGCGGGCAGGCUGGGGGAUGGAGGCAGGAAUGUUGCUAUCCGGUCUCUGUCUGCCACCCGCUCAGGUCUUCAGAGGCUAUGGAGUCAAUCCCAACUCACUGGAAAUCCGUCUGGUAACCUCAUCGAGUAUCUUUUACCUGGAGCAGGUGGAAGAGGAAACUUCUCAGUUUCUGUACGUUGGAUGUGUUGCUGGUAUUUCUUGUGAUCUUGGCUACAACCAUCACUUUGAAACAAAAUGGCCGCCAUCCAUGAGCGGCCUAAUGAUUGGAAUCUAACGUUUAUCUUCAUUCAAGGCUGUUCAUUUGUCCAGAUUAUUACUUCUGUUUCACAACUGAAGGGGUGAACACUGUUCCUGCAGUCUCUCAUUGUUGAUGGCUGAAAGGGGGAGAAUGAAAGAAAACUUGGAACAGUAUGAGAAAUGUUAAUUUCUAUGAACUGAAGCAAAAGCACUCCUCACUGCAUCAUUUGUUACUACACCUACAGACAGACUUGAGGGUCGACUUUCCAGGACCUCUACACUCACAUGGAGAAUAUUGCCAACAAAUCAACUGGGACUGAUGAAAGUUCUUGACAAAUGUUGACCACAGUCGAGAUACGUAGUGUAAAUGUCAGGUAACUGGUUCCUGUCUGAAACCUUGUCUGAAGUCAGUCAUCAUGACAAGCCCUGAGCAGCCCAAGGUCUAAGGGUUUGGCCAAAUUUGACCAAGAGGUAAUUUUCUUUCUAGAUUUCAUUGGGGCAAAUAUAAUGGAAGUCCUACAAUCUCCUUCCUUUCAUGCCCUCUAUCUCAAACAGUACAUGUUGAAGAUUCUGAACUGAGUCUUUAUUCGGUAGAGGUGAUAUAGAGCAUGCUUGAUUUUAGCUCAGAAGUGUAUGAGGACCACAGUGUGCGUUCCUGGACCUCUGAAGGAUGGUUAUACAAUGAAAACUGUAAAAACAAAACAAAACACAGGGAAAAAGUUCCCUUCUCCAUGUCGUUGGUUGUUAUAUUCUGGGACAUGUUACUAUGUGUGAUAUAAAUGCAAUGAUGUUGGCUGUUGUGAAGUGGAGUUUGUUUUUGAACUAGACACAGUGUUAAUCUUUGUUGCCACACUGACCACUUCUCAUGAGUGAUGUGGUGAGGUUUGAGCAUCUUUCCAUCGGGUAACCCAUUGUGUCCGGUCACCACGAGGCAGGAAGGUGCUUCCUGCUGGGAGCAGAGGUGGCGUUUUGUCAGUGGGAAGGACUUUCCGAGGGAGGGGUGGGGAUGAUAUUGCAGGUACAUUAUGGGUUGCACUGUAUUCAUUAUUGGGAUGUGAAUGUCAAGGCCACCAUCUAUGACCCAUCCUUAAUGGAUUUGAGAGGGCACUGAGGGGAGCUGCCCUCUUUUGCACAACUGAGUGGCUUUCCCAGACUGUAGACGGUUGGUCAGGAGUUACAUACACCGCCCAGAACAGUAUAGGUGACAGGUUUCCUUUCUUAAGAGAAUGUGAGGGAGCCAGAUGGGAUUUUACAGCAGAUUUUACUAUUUUGAGACCAGCUUUUCUCUUCUAGGUUUAUUUAUGUAACUGAAGUCACAUUUCCUCAGCUGCCGUAGAACAGAAAUGAAGGGAGCCAUUUGACCCAGAUGGACUCACAGAACCAUACAGCACGGAAACAGACCCUUCGGUCCAUCUUGUCCAAGCUGACUAACCUUCCUGAACUAGGCUAGUCCUAUUUGCUUGCAUUUGGCCCAAAUUACUCUAAACACUUCCUGUUCUUGUAUCUGUCCAAAUGUCUUUUAAAUGCUG